CAGGGAAGAAACCUGUCUGGGAUCAAUUUUUCGUAAAAAAAAAAAAAGGUUUAAUUUCGAACUUGAUUCAAGCUUAUGUUUUUCUAUUACAAGAAAGAGAAAGAAGGGUUGUUGAUAUCUCCUUUUCCUGAUCUGGGCCAUCUUCCUUCCGCCCUAAUCAACCAUCAAUUUGAAAGCCCCUAUUAUGGAUUUAUUGCCCUUUUUGAAUUAUGAGUUUGUUCAAAGUUAGAACCUUGUUUUUCAAUCUACUUUUGGCCUUCAAAAUCUGUAUUGCUGUUGGUCAACUUCUUGGGCAGUUAUAUCCAGGAUUUCAAACAUAUCAGACGGAAUGGGAGAAAUCUGAUGGCAAGUUCCUAUUUUCUAAAAGUAGAACAUUUGCUCUUGGCUUUUAUAAUUCCCUGGAUACUCAAAGUCCAGGUUAUCUCUUGGUUAUUGGCCAUGUUAAUACUUGCCAAAUUGUUUGGACUGCUAAUAUAGGCUUGACCGUUGGUAAAUCCGAUAAGUUUGUGUUUGACAAUAAUGGAAAUGUAUACUUGGAAAGAAGAGAUGGGGUUGCUUGGGCUACAAACACUACCGGAGAAAAUGCCACAUCCCUGGAAUUGCUGGAUUCGGGUAACUUAGUGCUUCGUGGGACUGAUGAAGUAAUGAUUUGGCAAAGUUUUAGCUAUCCCACCGAUACACUUUUAUCCGGCCAAGAGUUUGUGGAAGGAAUGAGACUACAAAGUUUUCCCAAAAAUAAUAAGAGCGAUUAUCUUGAAUUUCAAUCUGGGGAUUUGGUCUUGUACACAGGAUUCCCGACUCCACAAACUUAUUGGUCUUUGUCCGACGAAAUGCAGGAAACCUAUAAGAAUUUCACCGGCAAGGUGUAUUCUGCUGCAGUUUUAGUUUCCAACACAUGGAACUUUUAUGAUCACAAUAAAAAGUUGAUAUGGCGGUUUAACUUCUCUCAAACUUCUGAUAUGAAUGUCACAUGGGCUGCCAGAUUAGGAGCAGACGGAGUGAUAAUGUUCUAUAAUCUAAACCAGGAAGAUACAGCAAUUGCUGAGGCAACGAAGAUACCACAAAACCCCUGCAACAUUCCUGAUGCUUGUCCCCCGUUUAUGGUGUGCUAUUUGGACACCGUGUGCCAAUGUCCUAAACCUCUCGUCACUACCGACGACUGCAGCUCACCAGUAUUCUCUACUUGUAACUCAGCAGGUCUACUCUACGUUGGUCGGAAGCUUGAUUAUUCUGUACUUAAGUUUGUCAAACCCAAUAUGACCUCCGGUAUAGAUGCUUGCAAGAAAGCUUGCUUGGGAAACUGCUCUUGUAGUGCACUUUUCUUUGACAACGCUACCGGGGAUUGCUUUUUGUUUGACCGUGUUGGAAGUCUGAAGCAUGCUGAGCAGCAUUCUAGAGGUUUUGUUUCAUUUGUGAAGGUCUCGAUAAAUGAGAAUGGCAAUGGUAAGCGUUUUAUAUAUGUUGUGAUAAUAGCAACAGCAACAGCAACGGUUCUAGUUAUUGCCGGUCUUCUUUUUGUGGGAUUCUAUUACUACCGCAAAAAGAAGAGAUUGCGGGAAUCUGCUGAAGAGAAGUUGGAAGAUGAUAAUUUACUGGAGAGUUUUCCGGGGAUGCCUGUUCGUUACACUUAUCGUGAACUUUGUAAGGCAACUAAAAACUUCUCUAAAAAGGUUGGCCAAGGCGGAUUUGGUUCGGUAUACCAAGGCGAGAUGCCGGAUGGCACCCAAUUGGCUGUUAAAAAAUUGGAGGGCAUAGGACAGGGGAAAAAGGAGUUCAGGGUUGAAGUUAGAAUCAUUGGAAGCAUCCAUCAUGUGCAUCUUGUCAAGCUCAAAGGCUUCUGCUCUGAGGGUGUUCACCGUCUUCUUGUUUACGAGUUCAUGGGCAAAAAAUCUCUAGAUAAAUGGAUAUUCAAGAACGAUGAAGAAGGUAGCAUUUUAGAUUGGAAUACAAGAUUCAAUAUUGCACUGGGUACAGCAAAGGGUUUGGCUUAUCUCCAUGAGGAAUGCGAAGUCAAGAUUGUGCAUUGUGACAUAAAACCCGAAAACGUUCUUCUUGAUGAUAAUUUCAAUGCCAAAGUUUCAGAUUUCGGCUUGGCUAAGCUUAUUAGCCGUGAAGAUAGCCUGGUAUAUACAACAUUGAGAGGUACAAGGGGAUACCUUGCACCAGAAUGGAUUACCAACAACCCUAUAUCAGAGAAGAGCGAUGUAUACAGCUAUGGAAUGGUCUUGUUCGAGAUAAUCGGGGGUAGGAAGAGUUACGAUCCGGAAGAAAUUCCAGAGAAAUCUCAUUUACCUUCUUUCGCAUUGAAGAUGUUGAAAGAAGGAAAUCUGAAAGAAGUCCUUGAUCCUCAGCUAGAUAUCGAUGAAAACGAUGAAAGCUUUGUUUCUGCUAUAAAAGUUGCAGUAUGGUGCAUACAAGAAGAUUUCCGUUCAAGGCCACCGAUGACUAAAGUAGUUCAAAUGCUCCAAGGUCUCUGUCCUGUACCCGAACCAGCAAUCUCUUCGGUCCCGGGCAUUUUUAAAUGGAACAGUGGCGAGGGUUCAACAUUAGGAACAACAGACUACAAUAGUGAUGAAUGGUUGUCUGAGAUUAAACUAUCAGGUCCAAGGUGAUUCCAGCCAUUGUUA